AUGCCUUUGAAUUUAACGAGGUUUUUGGAGCGUAAGAUUUUAUCAUCGACGACGUUUUUCCCCGCGGCGAAAACCGUUAAUGACGUGAGGACCUGCGGGACGUCCGUUCCGUGGCUUCAUUAGAUUACUCGCACAUACCUACAUUGUGUUUUAGUCAGUUUACGCUCACGUAAUGGUUGUUAAACUUCUCUUUCUUACAGCUGCCCUCGUGGGUCAGAGCAUAACCCGGCUAUCACCCGACAUCAUCGUCGAACCCGAUAAAUAUCCCAACGUCCUGGAAACAAUUAACAUUUUUCGAACGACCGUUGAAGAUGUAUACCCUUUCUGGCUGGUCGUAUUCGUGUUCACCGCCACCAUUCCCGACAGGUUCAUGAAGCUCUUACACGGUACUCUGGGCACAUCGGUACUGCUGACCAAUGGCACGUACGAACGUUUGGACAGCCAGGUGGCUCUAAUGGUCGUCGACCAGACGGACACCAUGUUGGACUUGAUAAACGAUAAUCCGGCCGUGUGGGAUCAGAUGUCACAUUACGUGUGGCUGAUGCCGCACAUCAAUCGCUCGGAGGCCAGCACAUUGUUCCGGGCCGCUUGGCAACAGAGGUCCGUGGUCAACAUAGUAAUCGUGAUGACUUGGUCCACGUACACGUACGAUCCGUUUAAAGAUGUUCUCAGAGAGCAUUUAUCUUUCAACGUGACCGAGAUCCGCACGGUGGCUCGACAAAAAAUGACAGACCUAAACGGACAUCCGGUUCGAAUCUGCAUGUUUCCCACCAGACUAAAGGCGGUCAAACAGCCUGACGGCUCGUACAAAGGCACUGACGGUAUGGUGGUCGGCACGUUGGCGAAACACAUGAACUUCACUCCCAUUUACAUGGAGCCCAGUGACGGUAAAAAGUACGGCUGGGCCGAAUUGAACUCAAAUUCGAACUUUACGUAUACCGGUCUGUUGGGAGAUUUAGUCCACGACAGAGUAGACAUGGCGUUUAACGGAGCAUUUCUCAAAGUAAAAUUAAAAAUAAAAACACAAAUAUAUACAUAGUUCUGAAAAAAUAAAAUUUCAAAAUUGGGUCUGCUCCUAAAUGUAAAAUAAUUAUUUUAUAUACCUAUUGUUUUAAUAUUUAUACGCUAUACAAGAAACGAAUUAUUAUUUGCUACUUAAUGAAAUUUGAAACAGACCCCGGAUUUUAUGUUUUAUCGAUUUUUUUCUUGAACAAAUUCCCCAUUGCCAUAUCAAUAGAAUUUAGAAACGGACUGAGAGCGGGACAUUUGAAAUUGCAACAUGUUUAUCCGUGUAAAAUACCUUUUAAACUAUUCUUGUUAUACCUGUCAUUCUUACAUUACGAUUGUUGAUUUUAAGUACUUACGUAAAAACUAAAAACUAAAUUAUAUUACGUCAUGCGUGUUGGUCUAUACUAUAAUAUAUUAAUGGGAAUAUCCUCGGGGUAAAACCAAUAAAGUAAAAAUAAUAUACUCUGACUAGUGAGUAGGUAUUUACAGUUUACACGUGUCCGUGAUAAAGUCACGCAAUAAAUAGAACCUAUAAAAUGUAAUAUUACAAUAAUUAUUGACAACAGGUUAAAAUAUUUAUUUUUGUAUUUCAAAUUAGCAGAAACGGUGUGUAAUACUUAAUUGGACAAAAACGAAACGUCAAAUUAAACGAUUUAAAAAUAAUUUAAUUGUUUGCAAGCCUUACUAACCUAAAAUCAAGAUAAUUGAAUUCUCUGAUCUACUAUAGCUUACACAUAUAUAAGGUGAUAAACCUAUCGAAAUAAGACACUGGGAAUAUAAUACAUUUUUUUUUUUUUUAGAUUCGGAGCGUAGCAUAUUGGUUUACUGAUGUUUUUUUUUUGCCUGCGCAAACUUGCUCAAAUGUAUCAAAUUUAGCAAUUUUUCUAAAAGGAAAUUUUAACUAAUCGGUGCAUUGAGGAGAUCAUUUUUUUAAUUUUCCGAGUAGUUUUUAUAAUAAUUAUAAAAAACCGAAAAAGACGUAAAAUAAAAACGGAUACGUUUUAUAUGGCAUUAAUAUUUCUUUUAUUAAAAUUUGUAUGAAUUAUAUUUUCUACCAGAACUUUGCUUCAAUCAAAAAACGACAAAGGAGACCUUGUUUGUUAAAUUUUUGUUAUAUAAUUGGUGAGAAAGUCGUUUAUUUAUUUUCCGUGUUUUUUUUUUUUUUUAAUAAUUGAACAAAACCCUCCAAAAAACGUAAACAUAACGCGAAAGUUUAUGAAAAUGGUUUUAUUAUUUUCAAUUUUAUUUUUAUACUGUAAUUCAGUUAAAAGUAUUCGUAGAGAUUGGAAAUUUUGUCAAAAACUAGACAUGAUAAAGUAGCUUUAAAUUAUAAAAUUGCUGUUAUCGUUGACAGAAAUUCAAAAUUUCAAACCAGGAUAUAUUUAAACAUAAUCGAUUUAUGGAAUCAGUAAUAUAGGUUGCUAAUUGAACAAAAAAAUCGGGAUUCAGGAUAAUGAUUUCACUUCCACUUAUAAAGGUGAUAAAAAGUAACAGUCAUAUAAAAUUUUUAAACUGUUUUUUUGAAAAAUUGUUCAAAAAACAAAAAAUUCCUAUCAAUGGAUGGUCGGUUACUCUGUAAAUGUUCACGUUAACUGUACAAUAAUUCGUAUCGUAUUAUUACUGAAUGUAAUCUUUUCCAUGGCCACGAACUGCUAAAACCAGUGUCCCAACCAUUUUCCUACUCUUUUUUCUAAUCAUAUCCAUAAAUGUUUUUUUUUUUUUUUAUAUAGUCUCGUUUGUUUUUAUUUUUGUUCAACUUUUCCAUUCCGUAUGCCUCUAACACCACAUCUCAAAGGCUUCUAGUUUUCCUUUUCGGUAUCAUUUAUAAAAUAUGUUUCACAUCCAUAAGACAAAUAAUAUUAACAAUUUAUUAUUUUAUACAGGCGUACCAUUCGAACAACUCGAUCCGGUACACGACACCGGUUAUGUUCGACGAAAUAUGUUUCGUCGUGCCCAAAGCGCAGCAAAUGAGCCAGUGGCGGGCAGUUUUCACGGCGUUCGACGUGCGUUUGUGGUAUUUCUUGGCUGCCACGUUUGUCGUGGCCCUGAGUGCGUGGACCCUCAUAAAGCGUACCACCGACACGCCCUACACACUGACCCUGUUAUCUAUAAAUCUGUUCAGAAUUUUUUUAAUGGUACCGCUCAACCGGGUACCGAAAAACGUCCCCGAAAGGUUGAUGGUCGUGUCCACCGUACUUUUUGGCUUCAUAACAGCCACCAGUCUGCAAGCGGUCAUGGUCAAGUAUCUGAGUUAUCCCAAGUACGAACGGGACGUUGCCUCCGUGCAAGAAUUGUACGACACCGGCAUGCCGGUACUGUCGGCUUCCACCAAUCUCAUAUUGUUAUUCGAAGCAGAAGACAAUCCUCUGUACACACAGAUGACCGAUAGAUUUAUCAUUGUCAAAAACAAGUCGUUGGACAUACUGGGUGAAGUGGCCAGCAAGAGGGUAGAUAAAUCCAUUAUUUAUUUGCAUUAAACGGUACCUAUAUAUUUACAUAAAAUAUGUUUGUAGUAAUUGUGUCGAAUCGAGUGAACGACUAUAAAUCAUAACCGUAGGUAUUUGCUAAAUUAAACAUCAAAAGCGAUUCAAAUAACAAGUUAACCUCCAACGAAUAUAAAUAGCCAAAGGGUACCGCGUUUCGCAAGAUGUAUUUCAAUCGGAGAACAGUUAAAGAAAAAAAAAAAUUCCAAUAUUUAUUUUUAACGCGAUUACAGAUUAGACAUAAUUACUGAUUUUGAUUAUAUUAGAAGGGUUGGGUAUUAUGUUUUAUAUGGGCGUCUAUAGCGUUCGAAAUAAAAUCGCAUGUUACAUAUCACAGAUCUUAAAACUCGAUUGUUUCGGAGCGAAACGUUUAUGCAAUUAUACAAUAGUUAAGUACAUUUGAAAUCGAAUUUCAGGAUGAACGAGUAAAAUUACCUGCUUAGCUACACAUACAUUUUAGCAUUUUUAAUGGGUUAUGCCGUUUCAAUGUGGUUCAGAAAAAUUAUAAGAUAAGGGACGUGAUUAAUACUUUAUGAUUAUUGACAUUAAACAUUUGUAUUAGUUAACGAAGUGCACCAUACACAAUACAGAACAACGAAACAGUAGGCGCAGUUCAAACUGUUUGCCCAAAGAGUAAAUAAUGCGUAUUUCAGAAAUCGUUAAGUGCAACUGUUUGCUACAUGAAUGCAUUUUUUGACAAACUGUUCGCCAGAUUCACAAACACUUACGAGUAGUGUUUAAUGGUUUUGUUUACUCGUUAUCACGAUAAAAACAAAAUUUUUGACAUAUAAUUUUGGAGAUUAACCAAAAAAAUAUUUAUAAACGAUAGCAAACAAAUGCAGAAAAUGUGGCAAACUGGUUAUAAAAAAUUAACUCACCAAAAUACGCCUAGUGAAAAGAAAAAAAUUUGCCUAACAAUCUAACUGUAUAACCUUAAAACUUCAUUUUUUUGUUAUUAAUACAUUAUCACACAUAUUAUAUCUCACGUUUAUAUCAACAUUAAUGAUGUACAGCGUACGCCUUGGUCUCAGAAGAUAAGAUCUGACAAUUUUCUACCCUCCCGCACAUUACAAUAUUUCUGCUUAAUUAAUGAGGUGGAAGCGUUUCCUUUAGCCACCGCUGCAAUACUAUCAAUUAAACUUAAUUUAAGGUCUUCCCAACCUUAUGAGGGUAAAAUUCACUGGAAAUUAAAAUUGUGUGCAUUUAAUUUGAGAUACGUAUAAAUUCUAAAUUUCGAAAAUACUAAAUCAAAUUUGACACCUUCAAUGUUUUAUCAAUAAAUAUAAUAAUCUUUCGUUGUUAUAAAAAAAUGAGGCCUUUUGCACAGCAAGAUUAAAAGAUCAAAGAUUAUAGUAUAUGUUAUAUUCAGAAUAAUAUGAACUUAUCUAUUUCUGAAAUGAUGCAUCACCAAAUUAAGGUGAUAAUUUAAACAUAGGAAUUUGAUAAUGUGCAUAUCAUUAAGGCACUAUUAAGGUGUGUAAUCUCAUUCUUCAUUUUGAUUCCAGUUCAUUUUGGUUUUAUUACUUUAUUAGCACUAUUUCGUAUUUCAGUAUUUUCCUCAGUCACUUUUAAGAAAUCUGAACAAUUUAAAUUUUUUACUGACCUGUUACUACAAUUUACGGUACUGUAGCAAAGUAUUUUAACAAGCAAGGAUUGCUGUGGGAGUCACUACAAUAUAUUAAAUAGGUACUACAUAUUUUAAUAAAGUAUUUGAUUACACGAUGUAGAAAGUAAAAACCACAUUAGACAUAACUACACUGUCAAGUAAAAUCACACUUCUAUACUAGAGACUAGAAUACUAGAGCACUAUAAUGGUGCUCUAAUGUAAUACGAUUUUGGAUUUUAUUAUUUCAUAACUACCAUAAAGCCCAAUUUCACAGCCUGAAAAUUUGUAAAUGUCUUCGCUUGGCUAAGUGGAAUAUUGAUAAAGUAUAGUUGUCCGACCUUAUAUUCUAAGAUCUUAGAGUACGCGGUCUUUUGUUCGUGCUGUCUUUCUCUAAGAAUAGUCUGUGGUACAGUCAUAGAAGUGACCGUGUGAUAACUGAUAAGCUACAAUAGCCCGUCCAUUUAUUUAGUAUCUAUGAAAUAUAAAUAGCACUUUUAACAGACUAACAGUAGGUAUAACGAGGAUAAAUACUGUCGCGUAUGUUUGACAACUGUAGUAGAUUUAUUCCAGUUGCGAAUAACAAACAAGUUUAACCGUGACGUUGAAAUUACGUACAACGAUAGGUAUUGCAAUAUUUUGGAAUACCCGCCUAAUAACUCAAAUUACUAAUAUGUCAUAAAUAAAUCGGCGUGCGUGUAUUCCAACAAUUCGAAAUUACUUUGCUAUGGUAUAGUUACUGUGUCUUAUAGUUUUCAAACGGUUCACUUUUCGUUGUUGGUGUACAAUUUUAAAGUGACGUUUUAUUUUAUUUAUUUGCACGUAACCCGGAAUAGGAACAUCAUUAAUAUAAUGUUAUAAAUCCGUUAUACCUAUGGCAUCGUAUCCAAAAUAUGUCAAAUGUUAACUAUUUAUUUGCGAAAAUAAUAUGAUUCAGAUUCUUAUAUUGGCUGCAAUCGCGUAAUAUAUUAUUAGGCGAAUUUGUCGAAUAUUUGAGGAACGUAAGUGUGUGGACUUUGAAAUUCAGUAUGCGCGUCUAAACUAUGCGAAAGAUAAUAUUUUUGACCGUGUGAACCGUGCUUUAUUGAUUUGGUUUUUGGUUUUUUUUUCACCAAUUUCAGACGUCAGCUGCGAUCGGAAGGAAAAACGAUCUAGUGGAAAAAAUCGCCAGAUCCUACGUCAAAAACAACGAGGUUCUGUUACACAUUGUCGAAGACUGUCCGCGGUCGUUUCACAUCAUCUACCUGGUCCGCCGAGACUCGCCUUUCAUGAACGUCAUCAACAACAUUAUCACCAUAUUCGUGGAGAGCGGCAUCGUCAACAGUUGGUUUAUGCACGCGAAACCAUUUCGGCCCAUAUCCGAUUACCAUCACCAAAAAGACGCGCACAAAGUGUUUACCAUGAAAAAUGUGGUGAUCGCUUUUUUGUGCUUAGCGAUCGGAUUGUCCAUCAGCGGAGCUGCUUUUGCUGCCGAACUUAUCUAUUUCCACAAAUUCUCGGCUACGAAAACCGCAUCAGCAGCCGCUACCGUCCGCUAUCCGAGAAAUCCGGUAUUUACCAAACGAUUUUGA